AUGGAAGCAAAAAGAGCGUUUGGAAGUCGUUUCCAGUCGCCGAGGUGUCUGGCGGCGGCGGCGCCCGCUGGGAAGUCCAAGUUAACCCACCCGGGAAAGGCGAUCCUUGCAGGUGGUAUUGCUGGUGGCAUCGAGAUUUGCAUCACCUUCCCCACCGAGUAUGUAAAGACCCAAUUACAGCUGGAUGAAAAAGCCAACCCGCCAAAAUACAGAGGGAUAGGUGACUGCGUGAAGCAGACAGUUCAGAGUCACGGCGUCAAGGGACUCUACAGAGGACUCAGCUCACUGCUGUAUGGAUCAAUUCCCAAAUCUGCCGUCAGGUUUGGAGUGUUUGAGUUCCUCAGUAACCAUGCAAAGGACGAGUCGGGUCGAUUGGACAGCACACGAGGUCUGCUGUGCGGUCUCGGUGCGGGUGUAAUGGAGGCCGUGUUAGUUGUUUGUCCCAUGGAAACUAUCAAGGUUAAAUUCAUCCACGACCAGACUUCAGCAAAACCCAAAUACAGAGGGUUCUACCAUGGAGUCCGAGAGAUUGUAAGGGCUCAAGGUUUGAGAGGGACUUACCAGGGUCUCACUGCCACCGUGCUCAAACAAGGCUCCAACCAGGCCAUUCGCUUUUAUGUAAUGACCUCGCUCAAGAACUGGUACAAAGGUGACGAUGCCAACAAAUCUAUCAAUCCAGUAGUGACUGGAGCUUUCGGAGCAAUUGCCGGAGCUGCCAGCGUGUUUGGAAACACUCCCCUAGAUGUAAUUAAGACAAGAAUGCAGGGCCUGGAAGCACAUAAGUAUAAGAGCACUCUGGACUGUGCGGUGAAGAUCCUGCGACACGAGGGGUUGGCAGCUUUCUACAAGGGGACCGUUCCUCGUCUGGGUCGUGUAUGUCUGGAUGUGGCCAUAGUGUUCAUCAUUUACGAGGAAGUGGUCAAGGUUCUGAACAAAGUUUGGAAGACGGCGUAA